UCUCGUCUUGCUCUCUCCCCGGACGGUUCUCCUCUGGCUCCCGUUAUGACCAGAUCUGCUUCUAUCCCGCUGCUUUCUCCGGUCUCUGCUACGUUCUGUGGAGUUUACCCGCCUCGUCGGACUUUUUUCUCCCCUUUUCCUCCAUACGAUGCAGCGAUGAGAAUCCGCUCUCCUCUCUCCUCUUGGUGACUUCAGAAAACACAUUUUAUUUCUUGGAUUAUUUUCUUUCCCUCCUCCUUCAUCGUCAGCCAUGUUGGAUUGAGCUAAAUUGUCCAAACACUGUGGAUAAAACGCUCUACUUUUUGGGGAAUUUGAUCACGAUUCACAGCUGGCAUGUUACGAUGAUGAACUGAGAGCUUGAGUCCACACAGAGCCGGUAGCAGUGAGCGUUGAAGUGAAUUUUAAAGGCGUUUGUUUGGGCUUGGCGCUGGACCAAAGAUGACCAGUCUGUUCAGGAGGAGCAGCAGCAAUGGAGGGUCCAGAGGAGGAGCCCAUCUCAACAACAGCCGGCCCAACAGACAGGUGCGUCGUCUGGAGUUUAACCAGGCCAUGGAGGACUUUAAGACCAUGUUCCCGACCAUGGACUACGAGGUGAUAGAGUGCGUCCUCAGGUCCAAUAACGGAGCUGUGGACGCUACCAUCGACCAGCUGCUGCAGAUGAGUCUGGACGGACAGGGCUCUGACGACAGCUCCGAUUCUGACGACAGCAUCCCACAAGAGAUCCUGGAGCGUACUCUGGAGCCAGACAGUUCAGACGAGGAGCCGCCCCCUGUUUACUCUCCUCCAGCCUAUGACAUGCACAUCUACGACAGGAAGUACCCCGAAGCCCCGCCCACACCGCCACCCAGGUUUGAAGCUCAGCCGCCUCCAGGUCAUCAAAAAGUCCGGAGUUACCGAAACUGGAAUCCUCCGUUACUCGGAAAUCUGCCCGACGACUUCCUGAGGAUCCUCCCCCAGCAGCUCGACAGCAUUAAGAGUUCUCAGAGCAACCUGGCGCAGCCCUCUUCCUCCUCCUCAUCUGUGUCUUCAGUUGGACAGUGGACAGCGCCCUCUGGUUCUGCUCCCGGUACUGCAGGCUCAAACGGAGUCUCCGCUCACAGUAGUACAGGUCCCACUGAACAGGACAAGAAGCUGAAGCAGUACCUGGAGGACGAACGCAUCGCACUUUUCCUCCAAAAUGAGGAGUUUAUGAGAGAGCUGCAGAGGAACAGGGAGUUUCUCAUCGCCUUAGAGAGAGAUCGGUUGAAGUUUGAAUCAAAGAAAUCUCGGUCUCAUUCAUCUAGUGUGGAGAGCUCAGGGGAUUACUCAGCUGCUUCGAUGGAGGCUGUGUCAGACGACGCUCUCUUCAGGGACAAACUCAAACAUAUGGGAAAAUCGACCAGGAAGAAGCUUUUUGAAAUCGCCCGGACGUUUUCAGAAAAGACCAAGAGAAGAAAAUCAAAACGGAGAACGCUACUAAAGCACCAUUCAUUGGGCACAGCCAACUCCACAGCAAACCUCCUCGACGAUGUAGACUCCAACCCCUGCGAAGAGGGCGCUCAAUCAAGGCGAGCUGCAACUCAGGAAGAGACAGAGCCACGCGCCGAGCCUGAAUCAUGAUCGUAUUGCUUCAACAUAUCAGCGUUAUGGACUGACAUCACUGCAGAAAAUUAUCCAAGGAUCCGUUGGGUUGUGUUUGAAUCCACUCCACAAUCGCUGUCUAAGGAGGAGCUGUAGUAUUAAGGGCUCGGCUAAUGUAGGGCUAAAAAAAAAGACAAUAAAAAUACAUAGAAAAAAACAUCUCUAUAUAUAUGUAAAAAAAAAAAUAGGCUAGAAACCCCCUUCACCUUAAUCUUUUUUUUUUUUUUUUUUUUUGAUGGAUUUGUAUAGUUUUUGGGAUAGAUUUGUACAGGGCAUCUGGCUUUACAAUGAACUGUGAUUGGACUGAGCAAACAGUUCUACAAUAAUGAAAGCUAGAACCCAGCACUUUUGAAUACGCACAAAGAUGUAUUACAAUUUCAUGUGUUUUCCAUUCACUCCAAUCCUUCACACGUCAUUUGGCUGGAUUUUCAAGUCGUAUUCCCUCUAGCAACCCAUGUUAUAGUUGAAUCCAUGGCUUUCAGAGGGACGGCAGUGUUGACGUAGCAAUUAACAAUUCAAAACAAAAUAGUCGAUCUUCUGAAUGGUGAAAAGUCCUCAAAAUGGCGCCUAUAAACCAGUAACCGAAGCUCAUGAAUUGGCCUAUUGUGCAUUCACCUACAUUACGCUGUUUCCUCAUGAAAAACAUACCCGUGGUUGCGUUUUGUUUUCAUUCACAAAUGUUUAAUACACAAACCGUGCAAAUUAAGGCUGAGGUUUUCUCUCAAAACUGAAAACACUUUGUUCCACCUUGUGAUGUCAUCAUGUGGUAAUAUCAGAAGUGCUCCACUGUGUUUUUUAACCUCCAUACAGCUUCACUAGAAUCAUUUGGAUGAUUUCAGCCCUGGAGUUUCUGAUCUAUAGUAAACAAAAGGUAAAAAGAAGCUUGAAAACUACCACUUCAUGACAUCACAAGGUGGAACAGAGCAUUUUGAGCAACAGACCAAUAAUAAAGGGUUACUCAAACAUGUGUGAAUGAAACAAAACACAUUUCCAGGUAUGUUUUUGAGGAGGUAACACCAUUCUAACACGGCAGGAGUAAAGUUUGCAUAAUAUAGGACCUUUUAAGUUAAUUAUACGUAGCCCUACCCUUUUGUACCGAUCGAGUAGCUUUACGAUUGUGAGUGGAUUCAGAAAAAAACACAACAUGGCCAAUCACAUCUGGGGGGGGGGGAGAUCACUUGACCCACUCACCCCUCCCCACCCCUGCCCCUUGAAGGUUGUCCCCAGCAACAAACGACCAGCGUUACUGUGGCGACAGACGACGUCCGUUGCCAUGACGACAGACGGGGUGGCAGCACUUCCCGUCUCUCUCCGAAAUCCUGAUCCAAAACAACCAGCUAAACGUGUUGGGAGCAUCUGAAGACUGGACUGAUCCCUAAUGGGUAUAUAAACAAUAUCUCUGUACUAUAGUAGUCCGUUUAUAUAUGAUUUUAAUGUAAAGGAAACGCAGUAUUACCGGUAUUUCUUAGUAAAGGGUUCCUACAUUGGUUUGUUUUUUUUAGUCUUGAGAUUUGACCCUAUGAGGCCACUGUAGUGAAGAAAAUAGUCUGGUGUUUUGAUCAGUUAUAGUUGCUGGGAUUACAGCGCCCACAUUGGAGGAAGAGACAGGAACAAAGAAAAAAACCAUGAGUCAGGAAGAUGUUUUAGGUUGAACUUUAGCCCCGCCCACUUAACCUCUUUCUGACACUGUGAUAUGGCACCGUGACACAGAAACAACUGUCUGGGAUAGCGUCACGCCCGGAAGCUGUAAUUUGGAACAGAUUAUUAGUGAUGGGACUUUUGGCUCCUCUAUGAGAUCUGAUUCUUUUAGAUCCAUUAAUUUUAAAAAGCUGUUCAAAAGACAUUUCAACAACAAACUGAUCACAGAGAGAAAUUACGAAGGCUUAAAUGCGAUUAAACUGGUGAGAUGUGUUUACCCUUUCAAAUUAUCAAAAUAAAAUAAUAGUAGUAAUUUAAAAGUAACUGUUAAAUAUGAUAAACUAAUAAAUCAAUAUGAUAUGCUAUGUAUGUUUUUUUGUGUCCAAAGCUCUCACAUGGGUUGCUUCUUGUGUUGGUUCAGUGUUAAUCAGAAAGGAAAAAGAUUUGGCUUUUAGAAAAUGAGAUCCGGAUCCAACUGUUCACGUUUAGGAACCGUUCAAGAGCCGAACAUCACAUCACUACUGAUUAUAUUAUAAACCUGUCUAAAUAUCAAUGCUCCUGUCUGCUUCUCCAAAUUAGGGAUAAGAAAAACCUGCAAGCCAAUACUCAAAUCCCAGGCUAUAUCUUGUCCUUAAAAUAGAAAAGAAAUGGUUUGAUAAUGAUCUGAUUUCAUUGUGUGUGGGAACCCUGUACUAGCCUUCUCCCUGUCUCCUCUAUGGGGGGGCUUUAGCUGUAUAUUCAUAACUUGCCAUUAAAACAACUUUCUUACAUUUUCCAACUGUGUACAGUAGCUUACAGACUCCAAUCUUUAUAAUACAGGUCCUUCAGGCCACAUCAAAUAACUAAUAUUUUCAAUUUUCUAAUAGCUGUUUUAUCAAGAAUAUCACACAGUACGUAGCCAUAUCUUACACCUGUUGUCCGUUUCUACGCUCCUCCAUAGGCUGCGGUCAGAGGGUAAAGACUGAACACGGAAUUUCAAGUUUAAAGGGCCCGUAUUACGCCAUAUUCUGAUUUAUGUUAUAAUGUCGUUUCCUCAUCACAAACAGACCUGGAGUUUUGUUUCAUUCACACUUGUUUUACACACAAACCCUGCAGAUUUAGGCUGAGUUCUUCUUCUCUCAAUCUGAAAACACUCUGUUCCACCUUGUGAUGUCAUGUGGUGGUACAGGAAGUGCUUUACUGUGUUUUUAAACUUCACACACCUUCACUAGAAUCAUUUGGAUGAUUUCAGCUCUGGAAUUGCCAGUCUCUACUAAACAAAUGGUCAAAUGUAGCCAUUAACUUGAAAACUACCAGUUCAUGACAUCACAAGGUGGAACAGAGCAUUUUGAGGUUUGGAGAUGUUACAGACUAAUAAUAAAGUGUUACUCAAACAUGUGAAUGAAACAAAACACAACUCCAGGUCUGUUUUUGAGGAGGAAACAACAUUAUAACAUGUAACUCGUGAGAAUCCAUUUUGUUUAAUAUAGAACCUUUAUUUAAAUUGAAUAAAACGUGUACAUUUAAAUUCUGUGAACCUUUUGAAUGAGAAGAAAUCCUCUCAUCUAUGGAACCAAAAAGCCAUAACAUUAUCGAAUCCUCUACAACUAAUCUAUUACUGACCCCUUGUGGUAAGAAUUUGUACUGUGCAAUAGUGAAAAUUCUGAUUGAAUUAUUCUCAUUGCUGUAGAGUUUUUAAUGUUUAUUUUAUUUAUUUGAGCAUUUUUUUAGGGGAUUUCUGGGAUUUCUUCUAUAAAAACUGCAAAAACUAUUUAAUUAAUUAACCUCUAAACUUAUUUCUAGCCAUUCAAAAACUAUUUACUAAAGGGAUAAAGACUAUUUCAACUCCUCAAAAUCUCAUUUGUUUCAGUUUAAUUAAGUCUAUAUCAGUGGCUCUCAAACUUUUCACACUCAGUACCACCAAAGAAAAGAUUUGGCUUUCUGAGUACCACCAGAUCUAAGCCAGGUCUAAAACAGGACUAUUCCAGGUCUAAUCUAGAGCUAAACCAGGUCUUAAAGUGGACUACAUCAUUUCCACUAUAGCUCUAAACAAGAAAUGGACAAAAAUAGGACAAAAAGCGGAUUAAAUUAACUUUGAAUUAGGCAAACCCAUAAACUGAAGAGGCGUCUAAGAGCUUACGUACCACAGUUUGAGAAACACUGGUCUUUACCAUAGAAAAACUACACAAAUUACAAAAUUAUGCAAAGAAAAUUUACGUUAAAAUCCAUAAUUGUUUAAAGUCAUUGUUAAUUGUUAAUUCUACGACUCUAAAAUUCACUCAUAAUAAUUAAAUAACCCUGCAGUCUGAACGCAGCCUAUGUUAAAACAGGAGCUAGUUUUUUCUACUGUGAACUGGGGUUUAAGAAAAGUGGGGAGAACGCGAGAGUGUGCGAGUAUUUCUGUCUGAUCGGUCAAAUUUCUAAUCUCUUGGUGCUGUUUUUAUGUUUUUGUUUUGCAUGACUUAUAGGUAUCAGAAAGGCUUUAUAAUAUAACGGAGAGACGAGAUCAAACAGAUAUAAUUAAGUUUGCAAUGACAAUUUGAAUGCUUUGCAAAAAUCUGAAGUGAAUGAAUGAAUUUGAAAAAAAACCCAAAAAAAACAGACCCUUUAAUGUUGCAUGUAUUUUAAUAUCAGCUCUGGUUUAUGUACUGUAAGUUAUGUUUAUUUUUAUCAUUUAGGAAGAGGUUGGUAUGACAUCAGUUGAUCAAAAUGUUCCAUAAACACAGUUGGCGUCACCGUAUAAGGUAUAAUAAAACAAAACAUAAAAGUAAAAAUAAAACCAUUGGACGUUAAAACACAGAUCUGACCUGUAACUUGGCCUGGUGCGUCUCUAUGGAGAAGUUUAAUGUCAUACUUUGGAAUAUACCACACAUUCUAUUGGUGGUUUUCAUAUUCUGUGAGCGUAAUGGCGUUGUUCUUCCAGAUGGGGGCGCAAGAGCCUGUUUUCCCUAUUGAUUACACUGUACUUUGCAUGAAAUAUCCAAAAAGCAAAUUCACAAAUCUUGAACCUGAUCAUUUUUAUUUGUAACUAGACCCAAGAACUCUCUGUAUCACAACACAAAUCUGCAUUUUAACAAUAUUAAUUUUAGUUGCUCCCAUCUUUAUUAAAUAUUAUUGACCUUUUAGAAUGUUGUGAUGUUAUCUGAAACCAUAAACUGUUUAUAUAAAUGGACGUAGCUAACCUGCUAGCCACUAUGUUCGAAAUUGAAAGUGAUCGUUAGCGCGCUUCCAGCUCCAUCGACUCUGGCUCCAGUUCACUUUCUAUUGAAAAAUUGCCGCCUCUCUUUUUAUAACUGCUGCUGUCAGACUCAUCGUUUUUGGUCUUUAAAUGUCCGUAGCCUCGAUGAGCUUCAUUUGACUGUGGGUGACGUCAAACUCACUUAGUCCGCUUCUUUAUACAGUCGGUGUCUGAAACCCAAUUUGGCAUCUCCAUGGAGACAAGCGCCAGGUGGCAAAACCAGGCCGAGAUACGGGUCACAGUGCACUUUUAAAGCAACACAAAGCCUUUAAACGUAAAAGAACAAAACUGUAAUGCUGUUUCCAGUAAAGUUCAUUCAAUUGGCCUUUAUUGUGUUUAAUGGCCCAUUCACACUUUAUGGUAUCAGUGUUGACUCACCCACUCUUUGGAAUAUACUUUGUUCCCGUUAAGGAUUUUUUUUGAAGAAGUUUUAUCGGGAAGUGACUGUUGAAAUGAAACUUGAUUUGAGCUCAGGGAGAUUUUGUCCCCUUUUUUAAACCGCUAAUCUUCCAUGUACAUAGCUGCAGCAGUGUAGUAACUAUUGAGUAAAUGUAACAUAUUUUACAUUUCAUUGUAUUUUAAGGUGCACAGUGUCAAAGAACAAGACUCAAGUUUCCACUGCCAUUUUUGUAUGUUUGCAUAUAUUUGAUUAUAAUAACAGCUACACUCUUAAAAGUACUUAAUAAAACUCAUUUAGACCUGGUUUAGUCCUGGUUUAGUCCUGGUUUAGACCUGGGUUAGAGCUGGUUUAGACCUGGUUUAGUCCUGGUUUAGACAUUGGGUUAGACCUGGGUUAGACCUGGUUUAGUCCUGGGUUAGAGCUGGUUUAGACCUGGUUUAGAGCUGGUUUAGACCUGGUUUAGUCCUGGUUUAGACUUUGGGUUAGACCUGGGUUAGAGCUGGUUUAGUCCUGGGUUAGAGCUGGUUUAGAACUGGAUUAGUCCUGGUUUAGUCCUGGGUUAUAGAUGUGUUAGACCUGUAGACUGUAUAGACAGAUUUUAGUCCUGGGUUAGUCCUGGAUUAGACCUGGUUUAAUCCUGGGAUAAAACUGGUUUAGACCUGGUUUAGUCCUGGGUUAUAGAUGUGUUAGACCCGUAGACUGUAUAGACAGAUUUUAGUCCUGGUUUAGACCUGGAUUAGAGGGGUUAAUCCUGCAUUAUUGACUUGAUUUUAGACCUGGGUUUAGACCUUCGUUUAGUCCUGGGUUAGACCUGCUUUAGUUCUGGGUUAGACCUAGUUUAAUCCCAGGUUAGACCUACUUUUGUCUGUGGUCUGGGGUUACACCUGGUUUAGUCCUGGGUUAGUCUUGGUUUAGGUUAGACCCAGUUUUGUCGUGGUUUAGUGCGGCUUACUUAAUAUGGGUUUCUUCCAUGCUUACAAUACAGUGCAUUACAUAAUAUUAUUUCUCAAAUUACACCAGUGCAUAUAAUCAUUUAUAAUAUAUGUGUAUCUUAUAGUCCAUUGUCCACUUUAUGAGAUACACAUUUUGUAUCUGAAGAACAUAUGUAUAACUUGUCAUUAUUUAAAACCAUUCUGCUUUCGUUGUAAUUUGCCCUUAAAUACUGUUUCCAUGACGAUUAUGACAUACAGUUCUUUGUUUUACCAUCUACUUAACUUUUUUCCUUUCCAAAACUGGGUAAAAGGUGUACCUCAUAACAUGGACAGUGAGACUAUCGAUGUAGUAAUGCUGUAUCCUUCCGUAUAUGUUAACUCAAUAAUAAUAAUACUACGUUUAAGUUUUAUGUUGUUAUUCUCUUGGAAAGAAUGUAUGCCUUUGCCAUAUCUUCACCAGGUCCUCCAGUUUCACAAAGUCAAUGCCAAAAACAAUUGAAAACACUGUUAUAGUUUCCAUUCUGUGUCUAUAAAGUGAAAGUGCCGUUCUCCCCACAGCAAAAUGGUCAGUGAGUAGUUUCAUGAAAAGAACAUUUGUGUUGUAUCUUUCUUUGUCUGUUUUGUUUGUGAAUUAUAUUUGUAAAAAAAAAAUAUUAACAUGAUAA